CCGGGCCAUGGGGGCGCAGGUGCGGCUGCCGCCCGGACUGCCCUGCCGGGAAGGCUGCGUGCUGUCUCUGGUCUGUCCGAACUCCUCCCAGGCAUGGUGUGAGAUCACAAAUGUGUCACAGCUGCUGGCUUCUCCUGUUCUCUACACGGACCCGAAUUCCAGCACAACCAACCUGAGCAUUUCAGCAAAUGUAGAAAACAAAUACAGUCUUUAUGUGGGCUUGGUACUGGCAGUAAGUUCCAGUAUUUUUAUUGGCUCCAGCUUCAUACUGAAAAAGAAGGGCCUCUUGCAACUGGCCAAAAAGGGCUUUACUAGAGCUGGACACGGUGGACAUUCGUAUCUGAAGGAAUGGCUCUGGUGGGCAGGAUUACUGUCAAUGGGGGCAGGAGAGGCUGUGAAUUUUGCUGCGUAUGCCUUUGCACCUGCUACCUUGGUCACCCCCCUGGGUGCGCUGAGUGUUCUCAUAAGUGCAAUACUGUCUUCUUAUUUUUUAAAUGAGCAUUUGAACAUUCAUGGAAAAAUUGGCUGCAUAUUAAGUAUAUUGGGGUCAACUGUGAUGGUCAUCCAUGCCCCGCAGGAAGAGGAAGUCACUUCUUUGCAUGAAAUGGAAAUGAAAUUGAGAGACCCAGGAUUUAUUUCCUUUGCUGUGAUCGUAAUUGUGAUCUCCUUGGUGCUGAUUUUGAUUGUGGCUCCCAGGAAAGGAAAGACCAAUAUAUUGGUCUACAUUUCAAUCUGUUCUUUGAUUGGAGCAUUUUCAGUUUCUUCUGUCAAAGGCCUGGGAAUUGCCAUUAAGGAACUAUUAGAAUGGAAGCCAGUUUACAAGCAUCCCCUGGUCUUUGUUUUGCUGGCUGUGCUUGUGCUUUCAGUGACUACACAGAUUAACUAUCUCAACAAGGCACUGGACACCUUCAAUACGUCUCUCGUGACUCCCAUCUAUUACGUGUUCUUCACGUCCAUGGUCGUGACCUGCUCCGCCAUCUUGUUCCAAGAGUGGUACAGUAUGAAUGCUGGAGACAUCAUUGGAACCCUGAGUGGGUUCUUCACUAUUAUCAGUGGCAUCUUCCUUCUACAUGCUUUCAAAAAUACUGACAUUACCUGGAGUGAGCUGACAUCCACAGCUAAAAAAGAAGUCCUCUCUCUGAAUGGCAAUGAGAACAAUUAUGUUUUACUAGAGAACAUGGAGUAUUCAGCCCCUGGAUACAAUGAUGAUGUGACCUUGUUUAGCAGAACUGAUGAUCAAAGUCUCUAGAAACCCCGAACUUUAUCCAAUAUGAGGCACUCGGAGAGGAGAAGGAAUACUUGCUUUUUGGGAGAACUGCUGGGGAAGUUAGGAUUUUUAAAGUUCUGGUUAAUAAUUUAGAUGUGAGGCCAAGUAAAAAUGCCUUCAUGUUGGCCAUCAAAUUUGAAAAUUGAGUUUUGAUCCUCCUUUAGAAGACAUGUGCUUCUUUUCAUUCCUGCAAACUUUGAACCCAAAAAAAGUCAAGGAGUUAUGUGUGUCUCAGAAUAAUCUUUCUUCUGGCCACAGUAUAUUUGACUCUGCCAUGUGGCUCUUCAUUUCUUUGGUGGCUGUUCUUAGACUCAUGGUAAUUCAUAGACAUAGAUAAGGUUAACAGUGUUCUGAUAAGCAGAGUAUUAGUCACCAUUCUCUGAGUCAUAAUUUCAAAUUAUUAAAACUGAGAAGUGAGAUCACUGGUGCUUUGUCCUCCCUUCCACAGCUUCCUUCUUUUAAAACUAGCUAGCUAAGGGGUAACGUGUUGAAGAAAAAACAGGCCUGCUUUGGAAAUCUAUUCCUUAGUGGGCUAGAAUACACAAGACACACCUACCCAUGAAGAGCUUACGGGUUGCAAUUUAGUGACAUACCAUAGGAGUUUAUUACCAACUAAAGAAGGAAGAAUGGAGGAAGGAGAAAAAUGCUUUGGACCUCGGGUAAAGGAAACAUUUAUUUUUUCUUUUUCACAAACACACAAAUGAUUGUGUUCUCAGGUUCCUUUAACUUACACCUGGAUGACAUAAGACAAAAUGGAGUUUCUAGAGAAGUUUAAAUGAAUUCACCUUUGGAGUUACUUAUAUUCAUAUUCCUUUCUUUUACUAUUAUCCCAAAGGUUAUUGUUCUUGUCGAUGUAGAGAUUUUUAUAAAAUAAUUGCUAUAUUAUUUCAGGAUUAUGUUGUCUAGUUUAAUUUUUCUCAAGUGUUUUAAAGGGAAUUUUUAAACCCACUAACGCAUAGGUUUUCUACAGACUGGAAAUGAGAAAAAUCUAUGUGAAAAAUCUGAAUAAAAUCAUUAUAAUUCUCAAAAAAAUUGGUAUUUUCACCCUUAUUAAGAAAAUUACUUACUAACCUUUAGUUACCUUUAAAAAUAGGUAUAUCCUACCACAGUGGUAGAUUGUCUUUUCCUGUUAAAUUUCAUCCUAUGUUUUUCAUACAGUUUUAUUGAUAAGUGUUUUAGUUGCUAGAGAAUUAACUUCCUAGAAAACAAAAUAUUAAGACCAGGGGAUACAAUAGGAAAAUACCUUUGGCACAUUAAAACUUUCAUAAAAUUUUCCAAUCUCAUUUCAAAUGCAUAGCAGGAAUGACAUUUUUGGUGGUCUUUAAUGUUUAUGGGCAGAUUUCCCAUUACUUACUGAUUUUAGAGAAAUAAAUUGGCUAUCUUAUUUCUAGACUAAAUUUAUAUUUCCAAAACCCAAAAAUCCUAACCAAAGAGUUGUCAUUUAAAAAAAAAAAUAAAACUUUCAGGUUGACUUGAUGUUUUUCUGCUGUAACAUCAAAUGUUUUUAUUUUUGUGUUCUGUUUCUAAGCUAGCUCAAGACUACCCAGGGUAAUAACAGUAAACUCUGUUAUUCAGAAUUCUAUUAAACUGACUUCAGCAUUUUCCCAGUUCUACUGAACUAUGACUGAUGUUCACAGUGACAACCUAAGAUGGCUACAAGGCCCUGCAGUCAUAUGUAGUCUCAGCAUAUUUUACUGGGUUGGUUUUGUUUUUUAAGGCAGGGUCUCACUCUAUCACCCACGCUGGGCAGCAUGAUUACUGGUCACUACAGCCCAAACUCUUGGGCUCAAGCAAUCCUACUGCCUCAGCCUCCCAAAGAACUAGGACUAUAGGCACACACCACCAUAC